GAACCUAUUGCUACUGCUGGCGGACUGGUCUACAAGAAAAUGGCCGCCGCUCCUGACGUCACUACAUGACCAGGGAACCUAUUGCUGCUGCAGCUGCCGGACUGGCCUACAAGAAAAUCGUCGCCGGCCUCCUGCACAGAGGACAUGUAUGGCAUUAGUCUUUAAGGAGGGCGGUGCUGUGGCCGGGAUGUAUGAGGCCAGUCAUCAGGAAGUAGCCUAUGCCAAUCAUACCCUACUUCCGGGCUGUGCGUUCCACCUUACUUCCGGUCAUUGAGUUCCACACACAGGAAGUGAGUUUCCAUCGGUUGCUGCAGCCUCCCAGUGUCCGUCGAGAUCAGGGUUACACAGUAGUGAAGAAGACAUCCACCCAUCAGCCAUUCCCGUGUGUCAGGAGGACUGAGCAGGACCCAGAACCCCAUCACGGUGCCUCCACCUCACUCGCUUAUACGCGAGAGGCACAAUGACCAGAAGAUCCUGGAACUCACCAACAAGAUCAUUCAGCUACUGACUGGAGAGGAGGGGGAGUAUAUAGAGGAACACAGGGGUCUGUACAAGGACGUGAUGAUGGAGAAUCACCGGCCCCUUGCAUCACUGGAUGGACCCAGUAAUAGAGAUACCCCAGAGAGAUGUCCCCGUCAUCUAUAUUCCCAGAAUUGUACAAAGGAGAAUCACAGAAUCCCACAGGAGGAUCAGGUAGAACGUCUGUCUGAUAUUAAAACAGAAGAUAUAGAGGGAGAAGAGACGUAUGUGACUGAUAUGAAGGCAGAAGAUACAGAGGGAGAAGAAGAGACGUAUGUGACUGAUAUGAAGGCAGAAGAUAUAGAAGGAGAAGAAGAGAUGUAUGUGACUGAUAUAAAGGCAGAAGAUAUAGAGGGAGAAGAAGAGACGUAUGUGACUGAUAUGAAGGCAGUAGAUAUAGAGGGAGAAGAGGGGUAUGUGACUGAUAUGAAGGCAGAAGAUAUAGAGGGAGAAGAAGAGACGUAUGUGACUGAUAUGAAGGCAGAAGCUAUAGAGGGAGAAGAAGAGACGUGUAUGAGGGGUGAUCAGCAGUGUAAGGAGGAAGAAAUCCCUACAGAUAUCAGCAAAGCAGAUGGACACACAAGCAGGAACAUCUCAGAAGGACAUCUAAUGUUAUCCCCGGAUUGUGAAAAAAAAGAUAAUGACAGUAGACCGGAUUCUCCAGGAGAUGAUCCUAUUACCUCAAUUAUACAUCCAGCUCUAUCAUCUGGUCCCUCUGAUCCUGGGAAAUGUUCUCCUGAUCACUCUGACAUUGGUGCAUCUGUUACAGCUCUGAUAGUAGAUACAGUGUUUCCCUGUUCUAUAGAUGCCAAAUGUUUUACACAGAACACAAACCUUAUUACCCAUAAAUCAGCUAAGGCAGGUGAGAGACUAUUUCCAUGUUCUGAGUGUGGUAAGUGUUUUCCAUACAAAUCAGAUCUUGUUAAUCAUCAGAAAUGUCACACAGGUGAGAAGCCAUUUUCUUGCUUUGAGUGCGGGAAAUGUUUUACCCUGAAAUCAAAUCUUGUUAGACAUCAGAGAAGUCACACAAGUGAGAAUCCAUUUCCAUGUUCUGAGUGUGGGAAAAGUUUUCCAUACAUAUCAGAUCUUGUUAAUCAUCAGAAAUGUCACACAGGUGAGAAGCCAUUUUCUUGCUCUGAGUGUGGGAAAUGUUUUACAUACAAAUCAGCUCUUGUUAGACAUGAGAGAAGACACAAAGGUGAGAAGCCAAUGAUCUGUUCUGAGUGUGGGAAAUGUUUUGCAUUCAAAUCAGCUCUUGUUAGACAUCAGAGAAGUCACACAGGUGAGAAUCCAUUUUCUUGCUCUGAGUGUGGAAAAUGUUUUACACGGAAAUCAGGUCUUGUUACACAUCAACAAAGUCACACAGGUGAGAAGCCAUUUUCCUGUUCUGAAUGUGGGAAAUGUUUUAUAAGCAAAUUAUAUCUUGGUAGACAUCAGAUAAUUCACAUAGGUGAGAAUCCAUUUUCUUGCUCUGAGUGCGGGAAAUGUUUUACCCUGAAACAUAAUCUUGUUAUACAUCAGAGAAGUCACACAGGUGAGAAUCCAUUUUCUUGCUCUGAGUGCGGGAAAUGUUUUACCCUGAAACAUAAUCUUGUUAUACAUCAGAGAAGUCACACAGGUGAGAAGCCAUUUUCUUGCUCUGAGUGUGGGAAAUGUUUUACACUGAAAUCAAAUCUUGAUACACAUCAGAGAAGUCACACAGGUGAGAGGCCAUUUUCUUGCUCUGAGUGUGGGAAAUGUUUUACCCUGAAAUCAAAUCUUGUUACACAUCAGAGAAGUCACACAGGUGAGAGGCCAUUUUCCUGUUCUGAAUGUGGGAAAUGUUUUAUUAAUAAAUUACAUCUUGUUAGACAUCAGAGAAGUCACACAGGUGAGAAGCCAUUUCCAUGUUCUGAGUGUGGGAAAUGUUUUACCCAGAAAUCACAACUUGUUACACAUCAGAGAAGUCACACAGGUGAGAGGCCAUUUCCAUGUUCUGAGAAAUAAAUCAGCUCUUGUCGCACACAAUAGACAUCACUCAGGUGAGGAACCAUUCUUUUCUUCUGGAGUAUACUUAUCAUUGCUAUGUAACGUUCUUCAAGGUUCUUAUCCUAUCUCCCAAGUUUUUUGCAAUACACGUGCUACCACUGGGUGAAACAGACGUCAUGUCCUCGUUUACCACUGGUAUGCCGAUGACCGGUCUUUUGCUCUGGGUACUGAGAACCCAAUACCAAUCCUAAAUGUCUAGCUGAGCUCCAGGUGUGGGUGACGCCAGUUGGCUUUGACUCCGUCCUAAUGAAACAGUUCCAUAUGAUAGAAGCUCACGACAAAGGGCAGGGCUACAGCUCAGCUUUGCUUACCAACCAGACUUACACUUGGGGGUUCAGAGUUACAAAAUGCUGAUCAUGUGCAGAAUCUUGGUGUCCUGGAUGGUGGAGUGACACUUAGAUAUCAGGUAUCAGCCACAAUCAGAUCCUUAUCUGAGGAACAUAGCCAGACCAUAACGAAGACUACAAAGAAGACAAGAUAACCCUGGUAGGAAGCACUCUUAUCUGAGUUAACAAGAUAGAUUAAUGUGUACUCAUGAAAAAAUUAUAAUCUUAAAAUUACACAUUUUAUUAGAUAUGCCUUAAAAAUUAUUUUUCAACGUCCGUGUAAAUUCACUGAUGAGUAUGUGAUCUUUUGCGAAAAUAUGUUGAAAGAUAUGGUCUUAUCUAAAUGACCUCAGUCAGAACAAUUAAAUAUGUUCUAGUCCGUCUGCGUAAUAAUUCCCUUACCAUUGGUGUAUGACUAAAUCAAAAUGUAUCAAAAAUUUGAUAGUGUGACCAUCAUCUUUAUCAUUUAUUUAGCCCAUAUAUAAAUUCUCAGGGCAAUAAUUUUGAAUCAUAGGUCACUUAAUGGAUUCUUUUCGGUUGGGUCACUUAGACACCAGUGUGUGGCCCAGUUAACGAGAAGUGUCUGUGAAGCCGUUUCUUAGAAAUAUAACGGACAAGGGCAUGCCAUCAAUUGGACAUGAAAUGGUGCCACCUGUAUGAAGAAAUAAGGAUAUUUGGUUUGUGUCAGUUCGCACACAUGCACAAGAUGAAAGAGUACAAGGCACCCGUAUUAUAAAAACCCCCGUGUGUUCUAUCUCAAUUGAUAACCCAAGGGGAAAUAAAUUUACCUUAGAUAUGGAUCAUAAUCGCUGCUAUGUAGACGUAUGAGGUGCAUGUGCCUCCAUUCUUAGCAGUUGUCAAACAUUCCACUUGCUGGGUUAAGGGAGGGAUAUGAGGUAGAAGUACUCAAAGGUGCUGAAAAAGAUCCCAAAAUUUAGAAGACCAACUAGUCUCAAGCCAUUUCAAAAGGGUACCAACCACAAAACCAAAAAUUGUGGGAACCUUCCCCUGUGGACACUGUAAAGCUUGCAAGUGGAUCAAACAAACAGAUACCAUCAUGGAUCGUUUUGGUAAAAACAUAAAAUCCCAACAUUACAUUAACUGUAAUACGGAAGCAGUAGUUUAUUGCAUAUCAUGUGAGUGCAACAAACGGAAUGUGGGGAUGACAAGUAGACCUUUCAAACAACGUAUUCUAGAGCACAUUGGCUCAAUACGGAAUGCCGUAAAGGAUCUGGCAAAUUUAAAAAAAAUUGACUUCAGUUGCACGUCAUUUCCAUUAUGAACAUGACGGGUCUUGGCAAAAUCUUAAAGUUUAUGGCUUGGAACAAGUCAAGUUAGGAAACAGAGGAGGUGACAAUGUCAACCAGUUAUUACAAAGGGAAUGUGAAUGGACCUUUAAAAUCGGGGCUCUCAACCCCGAGGGUUUAAAUGAGAAUAUUAAUUUUGGAGCUUUUCUUCCCAAAUAAUUUAGAUACUACACAGUUCUUGUUUUUUAGUCUAUUCACACAAUUGAAUGUGACUACAGCUUCAACUUAGCAUUUUCACACACACUAUUUCUCUCUCACAACUUUAAUACAUCAAUGGAACAUGGCAUCAUUUCACCUUUUUUCUCUAAACAUUAUCACGUUAUUUAUAAUUUAUUAGUUUGGCUCUAUAUAAACAUUUCCUUAGAUCACCGUAUCACUUUCUAAAAAGUGACUAAACAGAAUUAUGGCAUCUUCUCACAUACUAUCCCUUAUGAUCGUAAUAUAUAAUUUUAUAUAUAUAUAUAUAUAUAUACAUAUAAUUUUUUUUGUAGAGUUAUGCACGUAGUAAGUUUGGUAUUAAUUUACCUACUAUGGUAAUCAUACAGAUCACUGAUUUUCUGAGAACUACACACACACCUCAACCUUUUUUCACAAGUUUUAGUGUACUCUACAUAAAUACGGAAUCAUUUUUCUGCAAUGUGUCUGACAAAAUAUAACGUAGGACUCUGCACCACAAUUUAAUAUUUGUGGUGUGAAGUCAUGAAUAACAGUAUAAAGGGGUGCACAGACAUAUACACAUAUAUAUGUACAUGCAUAUUUAAAGCUACCCCAUCUAUAAUCAAUAUAUAAUUGCUCAUGGGCAACAAUCCCUUUAAUUCUUCAUAUGUAUUAUUAUUUUUUAUUUUAUAAUAUUAUUCCUUUUCUCCUCUUUUUGUUCCAACGUAUAAUGUUAUAAUUCUAAAUAAGACUGGUCAAUAAAAGGAUC